AUGCAUAAAUACUUAGGAACUGAGUCUGCAAAGAGACUUUCAACUAUACAAAAAACUCAACCAAAAAGACUCUCUAAUGUCAGUAGUGUCUAGUUUGUAACUCAUACUCCUUAAGUAAACACUAAAUAUGUGAAUCUGGUUGGCAAUGAAACCAAGAUGAAGGCAGGGAAAAAUUUGAAAUAUGAAAAUGAAAAAGCUCAGCAAGCUCAUUCUGCUUAAAAGGAAAAAGAUGAUGAUGUCAUGAGACAUAUCAACACAUCAGUCAGUAAUCUUUUAGCAUUUGAGGAUCAUGAGGAACACUCAUAGACUGAUAUUAAACUCUAGCAGGAACUCCAACUGCCCAGAUCUAAUAUCCUAAUAAAAAAACCAUUGAAUUAAUCUGAGUGCAAUUCUCCUUAUAUUACAAGAGGUUAAAAUGCUACUUAACUUGGAAUUCCAGUCGCUCAUACCUUGAUAGCCUCCGAAAGUAAGAGUAAUUUUCAUGGACCUAGUCCUUUGACAAUGUCAAACAGUAAAAAUAGCAGUCCUUAUCUGAGAGCCAAUAAGCCUCUCUAUAGAAAUCAAAGUACAUUCUAAAUUCCUCUAAACUUACACUAAAGAGAUACUCCUUAAAAUCUAAAAUACAUAGAUACCAAGGAAUAUGAGACUAAUAAUUCAAGUGCUAACAUUGGAGAAGAAAAAACGUUGAAAGACGAUUAAAAAGAAAUUAAAUCUAUUCAAUUAGCCUAAUAUGCAAUCUAAGCUCUUAAAGACAAAGGAAAACAUAUAAAUUUUGAUACCAGAGAUCAAUUAGAUAUAUCCAAAACUAGUUCAAGUAAAAAAACAAAGAAAACCAUUUAGAAGAAUAGAUAAAUGCCUAAUAAACAAAAUCCAUCUUAAUUUAGCAUAAAAACAAAUGCUAUAAACAGCCCAAAGCGAGCUGCUAGACUAAAGAAAGGCAAGUCUGAAAGUAAUCUUAAGAAACAUGAAAUCUCUAAAAAUAGCUGCCCUUAGGCUUAACAAGUUGUGAUUCAAAAAAUGUAAUAACUGGAUUAGUCUAGUUUUAUCACACCUUUUGAUAGUGAGAUUACCUCUCAAAAUAAUAAUGUUAACAUAUCACAAAUUCAUAUUGAUCACGAUUAGGAGUAUCGUAUAAUGAAACCUAAUAAGAGUCCUUUGCUAAAAAAAGCUUAGGAAUCAAAUAUGUUCAAUCAGUUUGAAUUCGAUGACGACCAACAUGACUUUGAUGUACUAUUUGAACAGAAAAAGGAAAAAGGUCAUCCACCACUAUAAUGA